AUGGCCUUUUCCAUAUUUCUGAAUGGUUACGAGAUCAACGUCCAAACGAAGCCAUUCUGGCACUUAAUUAAGUCGUACAUUUGGAUGAAGUCAUUUUGCAAGAUGAUCAAGACUCAAAACAUAGAACGCAAAGAUGUCCAAUUUGUGGGUGUCUGGCCUGUUGGAAACAUUUGCGGAAUUACGAAUGAGCAAACAAGAGCAUCUUGA